GAAAUUUUGUUAAUGCCAUUGAAACCUCAUUUGCUUCUGGCAUUGGUUGGCUGAUCACCUUCUGUGCUGAGCAUGGGGAUUGCUUGAGUUACCAGACACGCCUCAAGCUAGCUGGCAUGUUGGAAGGUCUUGCUAAUGUAGGCUGGAUGGACUGUGGCACCCAGGGUGAGCUUUGUGAUAAUUUAGAUGUCUCAUCUAGUACUACAGCAUACUUUCCACCUGGAGCCACCAUAAAUAACAAAGAGAAAGGAGGUGUUUUGUUUCUUAACUCCUUGGAUGCCAGAGAAAUAUAUCAGGAAGUAAUGCAGCAUCUACCAGACUUUGAAAUUAUCUCUGCAGAAUCAUUAGAGGACCGUUUGGCUCAUCACCGGUGGCUGCUUUUCUUCCAGUUUGGGGACAGUGAUAAAUCAAAUGUACAGGAAUUUAAGAAACUUAAAUUUUUACUUAAAGAUGAACAUAUUCAGGUUGGCAGGUUUGACUGUCUUUCCUCACCCACCAUCUGCAACAAACUGUAUGUCUAUCAGCCUUGUUUAGCAGUCUUCAAAGGAAAAGGGACUGGCGAUUAUGAAAUUCAUCAUGGAAAGAAAAUCUUAUAUGACAUUGUUGCAUUUGCCAAAGAAAGUGUUAACUCCCAUGUCAUCACACUGGGACCUCAGAAUUUUCCUGACAAAGAGAAGGAACCAUGGCUUGUGGAUUUCUUUGCACCGUGGUGUCCUCCAUGUCGAGCUUUGUUACCAGAGCUGAGAAAAGCAUCAAAACAUCUUUAUGGUCAGCUUAAAUUUGGAACACUAGACUGUACCGUCCACGAAGGGCUUUGCAAUAUGCAUAACAUUCGAGCUUAUCCAACAACAGUUGUGUUCAAUCAGUCUGAUGUUCAUGAAUAUGAAGGACAUCACUCUGCUGAGCAGAUCUUGGAGUUUAUAGAGGAUCUUAGGAAUCCAUCUGUGGUCUCCCUAACACCAGAGACAUUUGUUGAAUUAGUUCAGAGAAGAAAACGAGAGGAAAUCUGGAUGGUUGACUUCUACGCUCCGUGGUGUGGACCUUGUCAGGCUUUAAUGCCAGAAUGGAAAAAAAUGGCCAGGAUGUUAAAUGGAUUAAUCAGUGUAGGUAGUGUGGAUUGUCAAAAAUAUUAUUCUUUCUGUCACCAAGAAAGUGUUCGUGGAUAUCCAGAAAUAAGCCUCUUUCCCCAAAAAUCAAACACAGCUCAUCAUUAUUAUAGCUACAAUGGAUGGCACAGAGAUUCGUACUCACUGAGAGGUUGGGCAUUAGGAUAUUUGCCACAAGUGUCUGUAGACCUCACUCCUCAGAGCUUCACAGAAAAGGUUCUGAAUGGGAAAGAUCACUGGGUCAUCGAUUUUUAUGCUCCUUGGUGUGGACCUUGCCAGAAUUUUGCUCCUGAAUUUGAGAUCCUUGCACGGGCCAUCAAAGGAAAAGUAAAAGCUGGAAAAGUAGACUGUCAGGCAUAUGCUCACACCUGUCAAACUGCUGACAUCAGAGCCUAUCCUACUGUUAAGUUUUACCCCUACCAAGGAGCAAAGAAAAAUAUUCUUGGGGAAUACAUAGACAGCCGAGAUGCAAAAGGUAUUGCCGACAUUUUGAAUGAGAAAUUAGAAGCAAUGCAAAAUAAAGGAAAAAGAAAAAAAUCUAGAAAUAAGGAUGAACUCUGACUGGUACAGAAGGUAGAUAUGAUUCAAAAUAUUCUGAAGCUGUGAAUUUAGAAGACACCACAAGGAAAAUAUAAGGAUGAUUAAUUUCAUGGCAGGACAAGAGAGAUGAAAACUAGUUUGAGUUCCCAGGCAUAUGUGACUGUAUGAAUUCUGUUAAACUGUGUGGAGAUGAAUACAUUUUGGUUUUGGUGGAGGCAUUCAAUGUUUCUGCAUGUCCUUCUUCGGAUAGACCAGCUCCCUUCUUCCUGGUAAAACAUUGGAGUUGACCAGAUAAUGUGGACUGUAUCACUUUUGCCUACCCAUUUAACUAGUUCCUUAUAUUUUUUUCUGUCUCUCUUCAAUUGCUUUUUGAAUGUGGCACUCAGCCUAUGGCUGAAUAUGCACUCAAACCACUCUGCAAUGCAGAAACAUAAUGAGGGAUUGUCUAUUUGAAAGACAAAUGGUUGUACCUGAUGAUUAUUCUGCUUUGGGGUUGCAUUAUUGUUUAGUC